GUGGAGGAUUGUGGUACAGCCCUUGCCAAGGCCUGGGAGAAAGAUGCAGAUGUUCGCCGUCGCAUUGCUGCAGGCAAACUAGUGAAGACAACGCCCACUGGUGUGGUGGACCGGGUAGCCCUCGAGCUGAAUGAGAGAUUAAUUGUGCCUGCCAUUCUGCACUUGGGAGCACGUGUGGGAGUGGACACCUUGGAAGUUCAUGUGGCUUCCCUCUACACGGAUAUGAUGUCCGCAAGCGGGAUCAAUUGCUUGGCAGAUCAAAUGUCUGAAAUCAUCCGAAGGAUGAUGGAGCGGGUCGGCAUACCGAUUCCUGACGGAUCUGUGGCAGGGGAUGAUGAUGUUUCAUCUGCAGCUGAGGGAGAAGGUGAAGAGGAAGACUGUAUGGAAGAAGAUGAGCUAGUGGAGCCUGGGGAACCUGUUCCCACGGGUGAAAAUAAGCGUGCUGAGGAUGUUGAGCCUUUGAUGAUCGAGGCCCCAGAAACUACGACAGUGCCCCUGAUGGAGGUGGCUGAGCGACCUGCCAAGACUCGCAAGGUGGAUGAUGACAGCAAGCAUGAGCGCAUGCAGUUUGAGCAGAAGAAGCAGCAGCAGCCGCCUGUAGUACCGGCUGCAGCAGAAGACAUCCCACGGCCAACCAGUGAGCAAAUGCGGGAGCUUGCAAAGGAGCACGAGCUAAGAAAGGAGGAGCCACAAAGCAAGCAUGACCCAACCCCGGAGGCUAGUCUAAGCCAACAGGCAACCACAGAGACUGAGCAGGAGCCAUUGGACAGCCAACAGACAAGCACAGGGGCUAAGCAGGAGCCAUUGCACGGCCAACAGACAGGCACAGAGGCUAAGCAGGAGCCAUUGCACAGCCGACAGACAAGCACACAGGCUAAGCAGGAGCCAUUGCACAGCCGACAGACAAGCACAGAGGCUAAGCAGGAGUCCCCCAAGUUAGAUCUGCAAGGACAGCACAAGAAGCUACCCGUCCCCAUCCACAAGUCCUUUGCAGGAGUCUCCCGCAACAAGUCAGAGCCCACUUGCUACGGUUUCCAAAGGCACUUCAUCUGCAGUCUCAUCGAGCACCAGAAGCCCAGGAUUCAUGUGGUUGCUGCCUACGGUGACAAUCAGUUCCACUGCCAGGAACGAUUGCAGAAGAUUCGUGUCCUGACUGACAAUCUGGAGACGCAAGCUUGGCCUCAUGAUGCACAACCUUCAUUCGAGAAUGGUGGUGUGGCAAGGCAACUUAGCUUCGAGAGUGCUGCCGACCCAAGCCCAGCAGCAAACCGAAAGGAUGAAAAGUCUUUGGAGGCCGCUGAACGUGCCAAGGAGUCUCCCCCGCCUGUUGUCUUGGGCCCACGCAGACCGAAGCCUCGAUCCAAGCGCUUGGCACGCCGGGCCUGUGGUGUCAAGCCCAAAGAAGCGGGAAACAAGCCUGAGGCCUCGAUCAAGCCCCCCGAGCCAGCUGAUGAAGCCCACAAGCCCUUGCCUACCAAGCCAGCUUGCAUGAUGACGAUGAAGCCUACCUUGAGCCCUGAAGAGCAACAGCCGGCCAAGCCAAAGGGAAGGGCCAAGAAGAAUCAGGAUGAGGAUGAGGAUGAGGAUGAGGAUGAGGAAAGGGAGGAGCAGGAGGAGGCAGAUGACGAGGAGGAUCCAGAACACCUCGAUGGAGAGGAGUUGGAGGAAGAGGAGCAGGAGGAAGGUGAGCAAACUGAUGAGCCUGCAUCAAUGAAGCGCCCGGCAGCCAAGAGAGGCAAGCAGCAGGAUCAGGCAAAGCCCAAAGCAAAAGCAAAGGCAAAAGCCAAGGUGAAAUGUGCUGCGAAACAGAAAGCAAAGGCAAAGGCCAAAGGCAAGGCUGGCUCGAAAGAUGAUGAGGAUAAGGCUUUGAAAAGUCGAAAAAGCGUGGCAUAUCACCGGGCGAAGAAAGAGGCGCUCAGUUCAGGAAUGACAGCAGAGGAAGCCUCGGAGAUCGCGAAGAUUGUCUUCUGGGCACAUGCCGAAGUCGGAGCGGUGGGCCUGCAGAGCUUUUUCAGGAGUCGCUACGAAGGGCCUACUGGUGUAAAGAAGUUUGUGGGCUCCAAGAAGGAGUUGCAAAAGAGCGGGCCAGGAGACCCAUGGCCCGAAGCAGAGAUGGUGCAAGUGUGGUCGUACCUCUACAUGAAUAAGCGUUUGCAUAUUCCCGACUCGUGGCUGAGCACAAUGGAUGAUUUCAAUGAAGAGCUGAGAGCGACAGAAGAGACCAGGCAGAUCAUGCAGCUCCAGCAGGAUAUGGCCGCCUUCGAUGGUGCUGACCCCCAGCAAGGAUCUACUGAUGCAGGUAGUGGUGUUCACGAGGCUGUGAUCCACGGCGCUUUUUUGAUGAAUCGCUACUUCAGGCCCAACAAGAGGGGCGAGCUGAAAUGCUCAGAGGAAGCUAUGCGAAUGUUCAAGGUGGAGCUGGAGAAAAGGUCCACCCAGACUUCACAAAGUGAUAAGAAGGGAGGUGUUCUGGCUGUGUACAUCGAAAUGACUGGUAAGAAAGUGGACAAGGGGAAUGACCUCAAGGACAAGCUGCAUGAAAAUGGAGGCAAGCGGGCUAUCGAGAUGGCUGAAGAGCUGAAGCCCAAAGUUGAUGAUCUCGACAAGAAGAACAAGAUGUUGCUGAAGUUUCAGGAGGCCAACGCUCUUCCCGGCAGCAAGAAGAUCAUGACCUCGAUCAAGAAGCUGUUUCUUCUGCGAGAGCAUAGCUACCUGGUUUUGGGUGGAAACGAUCUUAAGGUCGACUCUCCUCUGGGGCCUACCACCUUCUACUUUUGUGUCGUGGGGGUGAAAGGGGACUGGGUCUACUUGAGGAAGGUGCCUGGGCUGGGAGCUCCGGAGCGCGCUUUGAUCGAUCCAGCCCAUACGUGGCACAUUGGGUCACUGGGAAGCAAAUAA